GGAGGAGGCCGGUGACGUCCGUCCCCCUGCCAGGUUCCAGCAGUGCGGAGGCUAGCAAGAUGCUACUUGGAGCACCGUGUGCUUUACUGAGACACCCGCAGGCUUGUACCAUGUGUAUUUGAGUAAAAGGCUGCUGACAUUUUCGAUACCGACAGAGGCAGAAAUGGCCGGGAUAAUUAAGAAGCAAAUUCUGAAACAUUUGUCCAGGUUCACAAAGAAUCUCUCCCCAGACAAGAUCAACCUGAGUACGUUGAAGGGGGAGGGGCAGCUGUCUAACCUGGAGCUGGAUGAGGAGGUUCUGCAGAACAUGCUCGACCUGCCUACCUGGCUUGCUGUCACUCGGGUCUACUGCAACAAAGCGGCCAUCAGGAUACAAUGGACAAAGUUGAAAACAAGCCCCAUCUGCUUGUUCUUGGAUAAGGUAGAGGUAGAAAUGAGGACAUGUGAAGAGCCACGCCCGCCUAAUGGACCCUCCCCUAUAGCUAUCACAGCAGGCCAGAGCGAGUACGGCUUUGCAGAGAAGGUGGUGGAGGGCAUGUCUGUUAUCAUCAACUCCAUUACUAUCAAGGUACAAGCCCGCGCCUUCCAUGCCUCCUUUGAACUCUGGCAGCUACAAGGAAACAGCCUCAACCCCAAAUGGCAACGUAGUGACCUCCGCUACACCCGCAUCACUGACCCCAAGAGAGGAGAGGUGUUGACAUUCAAGGAAAUUAACUGGCAGAGUUUACGUAUCGAAGCUGACGCCAUAGAGAGUGAAGACCAGGACCUGGGUAGCACGCCAUUACGCCUCAUCACCAACCAGGGACGCAUUCGCAUCGCUCUCAAACGCAGAGUCAAGGACUGCAAUGUUCUGGCAUCCAAGCUCCUUUUCAUUCUGGACGACCUGUUAUGGGUGCUGACGGAUUCUCAACUCAAAGCUAUCAUCCAUUAUGCCAAAUCUCUCAGCGAGGCUAUGGAGAAGUCUGCCCAGCAGAGGAAGAGCAUGACUGCUGAGUCCCUGCAGACGGCUCCUCCGUCUCCUGGUAUCCAUACCCUGUGGUCAGAGGCCCCUCCCCCUCCUGCUGGCACCCCCAGCAACCUCAGUCAGUACUUUGAGCUCUAUGAUGUGAAGGAGUCCUCAUAUCACACCUUCAUAUCCCGCUUAGAUUUGCACAUAUGCAACGACAGUUCGUCAGAAGACUCAGAUGAGCCUCCCCCACCAGGCUCACAGGGUGCCAUGCAGCUGACUUUUAGGAAGCUGGGUUUUGACUACUAUCCCAUCCACAGGCCUGCCGAUGGAUGUCGACACUGGGAACGCCACAGUGGAGCCAUGGACGCUCAGGCUCAGUGGACUGGGAAACUUCUGCAGGAGUUCCAGAGGAGAACCGAAGCCUCUGGGUUCCCUGGGCCAAACACUGAAGUGCCCCACCCAGCCAAGCACUCCCCUGCAAAGACUGUUCCAGAUGUGCAGGCCAGUCCCAAGUCAACCCCCUCUGACAAAGAGGGGGCGUCCAGCCGGAACUCAGCUAUGCCAGGAACACCCCUGAAGAGGCUGCGCUCUAGCUGUGUGGUGGUCAGGAUGGAUGAUCUGGACAUUCACCAGGUGUCUACAGGGGGACGUCAUAAUAAGAAAACCCAGUCUUUAAUAUCCUGUAACCGCAAAGUGCAGAACCUGCCAGACAAUGUGCCAGCAAUCCAUCUGCAGUUCACUGAAUACUACUUUCCUGAUAACCCCAGUUUUUCAGUGCCCACCUCAAACCUCUAUGCCCAACUGAACAGCCUCCAGGUGUGUGUGGACCCAACCAGUGUGCUGUGGAUCAAUCUAUUUUCUAGAGGUCUACUGCACACUCUGGACCAGGUCAAAGCUUUCUACCAUUUGCAGGACAGCAGCAAGGCUGAAGAGCAUGUGGAUAUCCGCAUGGACGCUGCUCAACUCAAGUUGAUAAUUCCCUUGGAUUCUUCUAUCUUGGAUCACCCGGAGCGACCCCGUUCCCUUUGUGUUACUGUACCCCAGAUGACUCUUAGCAACACCCGCCAUUCCCCCCAUGGCACCAGAGCUGACCUCAACAGCAUCUAUAGUAGCUUUGCCACUUGCCCCUUCUUCCAGCUGUCACCCCCCUGCCCUUUUCCCAGGGACAGCAGUGCCUUUCACCCCCUUCCCUCCACCUUCCUCCAGCACUCUCAAGAGAUGGAACCCCAACCUCUGACAGGGAAGCAGCUUCGGUCACAGGACAUCUGGUCUCUCAGUCUGUCUCGGGUGACCCUGGGCUUUGAUGGAGCUCGGCGCUGCCCGAAAGGCAGAACCCAGCCCUUCAUUGAGCCCUUUGCCAUGUCUGUGUGGAUGUGCCGGCCCUCUGCCUUUAGUUGUGGUUCAUCCUCCUCCCCUACUAGUCCCAGCAGAGCCCAGCAGCUUUCUUCAGAGCAGGAGCCUUCUCUGGCUACCAUCCACUUCCUGGCCCAAGCAGUCACUCCAGUGAAGAUCUGGCUCAACCACUAUCAAUAUGUAGCCCUGCUUAGGAUGAAGGAUGCCAUGGCCCGCUUGGGGGAAGAGCUGGGUCGGGACACACGGCAUGCUAAGCAAGCCCAUGGACAGCAGACAAAGCCUACCACGGUGUGUCUUGCCUUCCUUGUGGACUCAGUGGAAAUUGGGCUUCUGUUGCCACCAGCCUCCACUGAGCCAGAGGAGGAGGUCCCCCACACUCCAGAGACAGAUAGCCCCAGCAUAACAGACUCUGACACAUCCCCCACUCAUCACUCUGCCGAUCAAGGGGUCCUAGAAGACAGCGGGAUAGGAAAUGGCAUCACUUCCAUCAAUACAGCCGUCACUGGGUUUGAUCAAGAUGAACAAGACGGGGUUGUGGAGGAGGCCUGUGAGGCUGUUGAGGAGGGGCUGGAAGGGGUAAUAACACAAGAGGAUGCUCCUAUCCUCUCACCUCCCCUCUCUCCUGGACAUCCCCCUAGCCUGUCCCGGGACCCAUCCACCUUUAGCUUAGAAGGAGAGCUGUCCAGUGCCAUUAAUGCCACCAAGGAUGUGACCAAAGAUGCCAUCAGUGCCUCUCUGGAUCUGACUAAAGGGGCGUUCUCCAUAACUAAAGACGCCUUCAGCAUGCUGAGUCGUGGCUCAGGGAUGAGCAAACUAUUCACUCCACAGGCAAAGGAACAUGUCCUGCGCUCAGAGGAGUCAUCCCCCUCCCAGGCUGCCAGCAUACGCCUCCAAUCUAUGAAGCAGUCACCUUCCCAGCAUUCCUUUGAUAGUGCUAUCUUGGAUGGCAGCCUGCCUGAUGAAAACCUCUCUGUGGACAGCGAUGCCAGUGACAACUUUGUUGUCCUCAUGGACUCAGAGUCAGGGAUGGAGUCCAUGCAUCCCAACAGCACUCCAGUCCCAGUGGCCAGUCAUGGCAGUCCUGCCCCGGGGACAGAGGGAGGUUCAUCAGCUGACCUCAGCAGCUCCCUGUCCCAAAGUACAGAGGACAUGACUCAGGAUAUAUCUUGUGUGUUGUUGCUGGUCCUGAAUGGGAUAGCUUCUAUCAUGGAAGUGAAGGGAGAAGACCAAGUGAUGGCCCUAGAGGCCCAGAAUCUCAAACCCAUGCAGAUCGGCAAUGUCAGGGUAUCAGAGCUGCUGGCUGGUCUUAUACAAGUUCCAGGUGGGCCGGCCCAGGGGCAGGACAGGCAGGGUGUCAGGGACUCUCCAGUGCUAUGCAUGCGGGCAGAAAUGGGCCCAUCUGCAGGGCGCCACUGCGCUCUUGCUGAGUCUGUGGGCUUUCUGGAGCUGGGAGUACAGGGCUGCCAAGCAGAGCUGCUGGCCUCCACCAUGAACAACUUGGGCCCUUUUCUUGAAGACGAGCUCAGUGCUGAUGGCCAGCCAAUGAGGAUUCAUUUGAGUAACAUCACCAUUACUCUAAAGGAUGAUGGUCCUAAAAUCUACCCUACAGCCCCACAGCCUACCCCUGCUACAUUUAUUGUGGACCAGGUCCUAUUAGAGCGUGGCGAUGACGGCAUCUUCAGACUUAAAGCAGGUAAAGGUACAGGCCCUAAAGCCUCAGCAGCAGAUUCUCUCCAGGUGGCUGGCCUGGAGAACCCAAACAGUUCCUGUUCUGUUCUCAAACAGCAGAGCAAGAGUCAGUCCCUGGAGUCCCAGCUGUCUGAUGCCCAGGCUGCUCUGUCCCAAGCCCUCAGCGACAGAGAUCUCCUGCUCCUGGAGGUCAGGAAGUAUGACCCCACCUUUAUUCUAUGAGUUACUUUGUCUUCGACCUCUGAACCCAUUACUGCCUCUGCCGGGGACGGAGUGAUGGGAUGUGUCAGGUUGAAUGUCAGCAACCAGCAACCAUCGUAGACGUGUGUGGACAUUGAACAAGAGGACGAAUCAAGCUUGUGGGUUUGGAUCACCUCCUGCUUGAUAUAUCACACUGUUGUGAGAUAACAAAGUAGCCCCUAUAAGUAUUACUAAAAGAGAUACUUAUUGAACUAACUCAAAGGUAAAUAACUGGUACUGCUGUCAUCUGGCAGUCUAGAUUCCUUACCACUGUACUAAAUAUGUAUUAUGCUGCCAUACGGCUAUUUCUCAUCCACAUCAGUAUAGACAGUGAAGUUCACCUCAUUCACAUGGGUUCAGUGUUUGUCUUAGAGCAUGCAAGGGUAAAUAACAUCAAGCUUUAUUUCCCCAGUUGUAAUUGUUUGUGUAUGAGAAACUUUUUUUUUUUUUUUUUUUUUUUUUUUAGAAAAACACAUGCCAAAACCUCUUUUUUUACAUGCACUACGACACUGCCAGAGAACUGUCAGUCCACCAGUCUUUCCUUCUACGAACCAUAACCUGCUGUCAGGCAUGCUUUACGAACACUACUGAUUUUCUAGUAUUAUGUCAGCAAGUUUACAGAUAAGACACUCAUGAAGCUAUAUAGACUUAGAAAUGUAGAAUAGGUACAUAGGUGUAAAAUAAUGUAAAUCUGUGUGUUCCUUUUAUUUGAGAGUACGUAAAAGCGCUGUAAAGUAGUCGUUUGCUGCUGUUGCUUUAGGUUCUUCACAGGUACCGUGUUGCAGACAUGUUGUGGAGAGUAGGGAAAGCAAGGCACUUUGGUUGAAAACAGAAUUACACUGCUGAUAUGUAGUGACGGAUACAUCUCAGUGUCCACCUUAUUUGGUUACUGCCUCACCAGGGUGGAACAGUUACACCCGUUUAUCUAGUUCUCACCGUUCUCAGAAAACAAGUUGAAUCAUUCCUUAGUGUUAUUCUUCUUCGUAUUGUGAAAUGUUUGUGAUUCUUUGUUACUAUGAAACAAUGUGCUCUUCAGUUGAAUGUCCACUCAAGAGACGCCUUUCCACCUCACCCUCGGCUGUGGAAAACAGCUUACACAGUAACAACAGUAUUGUAACUGGUUUAGUAUUUAACUUCAAGCUGAAACUAUUUAGUCUAAAAAAGCCAGAAAGAAGAAUCUCACAUACCAGAGGUAUGAUACAUGAUCUUAAAACCUUUUCUGUAGCUUAGCAGGAAGCACCCAGGAGUGCUAGCUUCAUUUAAUUUCCUCCCCAUGCAUUUAUUAGGUGUGUAGGGGUCAGAAAUUAGGAACAUGAAGUUCAACCUGGAUUAAGAUUUGUUUCUUUAUUUGGAUUUGCCAAUACUUGUUACUUUUUUGUUUUCUACACUAGAUUUAUCAGGCUGUGUAUUAAAGCCAUAUUGAUCCAAAACAAAAUUAAUGUUAGUGAUGUAUGUGUGUGCACAACAUGUCAUGUAAAUUCCCAGAUUUACUGGAAAGAGGUUAGAAUGUAUAGUCUUUUCAGUUUGUGUCACCUCGAUGAAAGUAUGUCAACUGUCGAUUUUAUUUAUUAAGGAAGGUGCAGAUUUGUAGGUCUGUUACAUCACUUUUCUUUACUAAUCUUUGAACUCUUUUGUGGAUUCAGAUAGUCAUGAAUUGGUUCAUCAAAAAUCAAUCAAUCUUUAAAUAUUCAGUUUUGGAUUGUUCUGAUUUGAGAUUGUUGAUGUGAAUAUGUAUUUAAAGACCUUUGUCAAUCAGUUCCCUUCCACUUCCAAAGCAGUGAUGCAGCAUUUUGCCCUUGGAAGCUGUUGUCCAUUGUCACUGGUGCAAAGCUGUUACAGCUCCAGACAUCCACAAGCUUGCAUUAUUCAUUGUUGUCCCAGUGUACUUGGGAGACCACUAGUGGCCACGGCUUGCCACAGCAACACUCCCAUUGACAGUAUUGUUGUUUUUUUCUGUUUUCAUUCUCAUUGUGGAAUGUAAAAUAUUUAAGCAAUAUUCUGUUUCCCCCAAAACCUGAGAAAGAACAAUAAUGACAUAUUUCUGACAGAGUAAUGAAAUACGUCUGGUGGUUAAUGGAUAUCAAAGGAAAACAGUCUACUUAUGUGUCAGUUUUCUUUCUGUUACAUUUUCUUCUUAUCUGCAUGUGUGUACUUCCCACGUUGUCAUGUUUUAUCAGUGUUACAGUGCAGUGGUACUGCCUUUUAACCUCAGUAUCACAUGAAAUGGGCAUCUUUUUUUUUGCUAUUGACGUUUCUGUUUUGCAUGGCCUUAAUAGAUAGAAAUACUGUGGUACGAAACUGAACGUCAUAUUAUGGAAGCAACAUCUGCAGUGUGUAAGGCUGGGGUCCAAACUAGCCCUGCCUCAAACUCCACCCUCAGUUAGGCCUCAGUGCCAAGAAGGGUGCCCAUUCUGCUGACAAAACUGGUGCUCUAAGCUCCGUCUGCUCAUAACCUGUAAUGUUACACUUCUUUUGCACUCGAGCAGGCCAGGGUUACCGUAACAACACAACCUUUAUGCAGUGUGCCAUGUGAAAAGAAGGGGACAGAGUGAGAGUGAAGCAGCACUCAUUUCAAGAGACGUGUCUCGUUCUCUCUCUAUGAGCGACUUGGCAAAAUCUUGAGUCGGUGAGCAGAUGCAUGUAAUGAAAUGAUUGUGUUGUGGUCUAUGCCUUGUGGAUUAUUUGCACUUGUGUGAAACAUUCACUGGAAAUUGCACUUGUUUUAAUGUGAAUCACAUCUAAGGGUUGCCGAUGAAUCCUUGUGAAAAACUUCCUUGAUGAUGCAAAUGUUGGAGGCCCCAGACAGUAUUUUUGUCAGUUCUUUAGAAUUCCUUUUGUUGAAUUUUGUAUUAUCAUCACUUAAUUCAAUCUAAUAUAAAACUGGUUCUGUGAACCAAAUGUAGUAUGUGGGGAAAUAUUUUAAACAGUGAAAAAAUAAAUGAUAAAUUGCUGAACACAAC